AUGGCUAACAUCGUACGCAAUGAGAUCCAGCGAGCCUUGGCCCCAAUGAAUGAAAAGCUUGAUCAUAUUCAGACCUCCUUGGGCCAGAAAGUGGAGGACAUUGAACACACAGUGUCUGCUCAAGGGGUUCGGCUUGAGAAGCUGGAGCAACGAGUAGCCGAAAUCGGAGACACUCCACGUACAAUUUUGUCGGAUCGAAGCUUAGAUUUGGAGGGCAAGGUGCAAGAGUUACAGUCACAACUCGCAUCUUUGAAGUCGUCGGAGCUCGCCGUCCAGCCAGAUCAUGCUCGAACGAUGGUCGUAGGUGGAUUGGACAGCUUAUCCUCCGUACAGGACGCUACCAAGUGGCUGACGCAAAAGUUGAGUUCACUCAGUUCGCCUCCGCAUAUCGGCACGUACAUGAAGUCGCAGGAGUUCCGUGGAUUGCUAUUUGCCAAAUUCAAGUCCAGUGUUGAUCGGGACACGGCCGUUGCUUUGCUCAGAAGUGCGGAGUUGCAUGAGAGUGGCAAGAGGAUUUGGGCAACGCAAGAUCUCCCAUUACAGAAACGUGCUCAAAAAGUUUUCCUCAUGGGACUGAAAUGGCAGCUUGGGGAAUGGGGCUUCAUGAAGCGAGACAUGGAGAUGAACGACAGCUAUGAUCGCCUGAAGGUUGGUGAGGGUGUUGUGGUUUCGUUGUCUAUCAAAGCUCAGCAGCUGGAAUGCCAGUGGUCUGACGAGUGGGCGCGCUGGGCAGAAUUUCAAAACAGUCCGGAACUUCAUCAGUUGAUCACACGAGCAAAUGAGAUGCUGCAAAAGGACAUCACAAACAAGGGUAAGGGCAAGAGCAAAGGUGGUCGUGGCACUGCCUAG